UGGAUGCCCAGCAUUCCCGCAGCUCUGCCAUGUACCAGUGUCAGCCAUGCUCUGACUUACGGCUUUGCUGAAAAAAAGAAGGCUUUUUCCACAGCAUCAGCAACAAGUUAGUUUGGCUGGUGUAAUGCAACAGAAAACCUCUGAAGCUGGCAGGUCCCCAUGGCAGGACUCCGUAAGAAAUGGUAACUUAUAUAAGCCUUUUCGCUGCCCACAAUGCGGUGAAAACGCACGUUUCAGAAGCUUAGCCUCAUUGAGGGCACAUCUGGACUAUAUACACACCUAUGAUGAAAGGUAUUUUUGGGGGAAAUCAGGGGUAUUCUGCUCACUAAAAGAGGCUGAUCUGGAAAACUCAACAGAUCCUGUCAAUGAAAAGCAGAUGGAGUCGAUUGACGGUGAACUCCAUCAGAAAAGCUCAUCAUCAACUUAUUGUGACUUAAAAAAUGAGAGCAGAAAAGCCAGCAGCCCCAUACUGAUCCUGUCAGACAAGCCUUCCCCUCUUGUUAAAAGCUCCUUACCAGACAAUUCUACAAAAAAUCACUAUAUCAUUGGAUAUCCCAUGACAAGUACUAAGUUUCAGCUUGAUCCUCAAGAGAAAUCGGUGCUUAAUCAGCUUACAGAAAAUGUUGAUAAGAACAUAGAAAAGAAAAUUGAUAAUCUCAAUAAGGAACUUUGCCAAAAAACUUCUGAAUUGCUGGAGGUACGUGCAGCCUUUCUACAACUUUCCCAGAAGAAGCAAGAAGUGCAGCGCAGAGAAAGAGCGCUCAGCCGACAAGUAGAUGUGGCGGUGGAACUGAUUGCAAUUCUUCGUCAGCGACUUACAGAGUCCGAGCAGGAGCUCCAAAGGAAGGAGGAGGAAGUGGUUUCUAUUAAUCACUUUCUGGAAGCUGCUGCUGAAAAGGAGUUCCGAGGGAAAAGGAGGCUUCAACAAUUCAUUGAGAACCUGCUUCAGAGAGUAGAACUUGCAGAAAAACAAUUGGAAUUGUAUCAAAACCGACAGAUUAAAAAUAGUCAACAUGGUCCGGAGGAUGCCAUGGUUGUACAUUUUCAAGCUAACCGGAAAAGCAAGUGCCAAAGCCGAGGAAGUUUCCACCUUGUCAAUCACAUACACGAUGUGAAGCCUCAGUCUGCACAGAAAGGCCGCACUUAUAUCAAUCGCGUAGGCAUACAGCCAAUGAAAUUAUUGCACGAGUCAGGUGAUUCUCCAAGAGAUAUAUGGAAGCCACAGAAGAAAAAUGACCCAACCUCUUCUGGCCGAAAAGUUCACAGCAAGACCAAAAUAGGAAAAAAGACAGGCAUGUCUAAUAAUGUCUAUAAACAAUAUUAAAGGGGUUUUCCAAGAUUUUUUAAAAAAAUUAGCAGAGAGCACGGAGCUGUGUAAAAUCAAUAAUAAUAA